UCAUCCAUGGAUUAUUCUACUAAUUAUACAUAUUUAUCUUUGGAAGGGCAUGUGGAGUUGGAGAAAUACAGAUAUUUUUACUUUCUAAUUACUUUCACAGUUUACAUUCUGAUAAUUUGCUGUAAUGCUGUUGUCAUUUAUGUCAUUUACACAAACAAAUGUCUCCAUGAGCCGAUGUACAUAUUCAUUGCUGCUUUACUUUGCAAUGCUCUUUUUGGAACAGCUGCCUUAUACCCUAAAUUACUGAGUGAUUUACUCUCUGAAACACCAGUUAUCUCUCGUGAAGCCUGUAUGUUUCAGGCCUUUUGCAUUUAUACAUAUGGAGCUUCAGAGUUCACACUGUUAUCAGCUAUGGCCUAUGACAGAUAUGUGUCCAUAUGUAAACCAUUACAAUAUGCAACACUUGUAAAAAUGUCCACCAUCAAAAAGCUCUUAUUUUUCUGUUGGUUUGUGCCUUCAUGUGAAAUGGGCAUAUCCAUAAUAUUAACAUAUCGACAGCUGUGUAAAUUUAAAUUAAACAGAAUAUACUGUAAUAAUUAUGCAAUUGCUAAAUUAAGUUGUGGAGACAUAACUGUUAUGAAUACAUAUGGGCUGUGUCUCCUAAGCAUUGUUGUAUUACCACCAGUGAUCUUCAUAAUCUACUCAUAUAUUAGAAUACUUGAUGUCUGUUUAAAGAAUUCAAAAGAUUUCAGAAGAAAAGCUCUACAGACCUGCUUCCCACACCUUGUCAUUUUCAUCAGUGUCGCUGUUACGGUAUGUUUUGAAGUGAUUAACAGCAGAUUAGAAGGAAAUGUUCCUCAUAUAUUUGCCAUGAUAAUGUCAGUUGAAAUUUUAGUUGUUCCUCCCAUAAUGAAUCCUAUUAUAUAUGGACUUAAACUGCAGGAGAUAUCAAAUAGAAUAAAGAAAAUAAUUUGGAAUAAGAAGAUAUUUUUUUAG